CCCCCGGGCUCCUCCUCCUGUGGCGCCGGUCCGGGGUGUGGAGGGAAUGUCCGGCACACACGGGGUUACGGCUGUGGAAUGCGGAGUGUGGAAUGUGAAUGUAGAUGAGACGGAUGCUAAUCUCAUGCUAAUGAGUGUGUGUGGCUGGGAACAGGCCGAGGUUACUGGCUUCCCCGGAUCUCAGGCACACGGCUGCCUCUGCCUGCUGUGCCCCGUCCCCCCUCAUCCCUCACACCAUGCCCGCUCACUGAUCCCCGGACAGCCUGCCCUCCCGUCCGCCCCGCUUUCUGGACUUAUGGACGAGUCGGCAGCGGCUGAUCAUGCCUAGGAAAGGGAAUGGCCAGCUACCUUUACCGGACGGCUGGGAAGAGGCCAGAGACUACGACGGCAAGGUGUUCUAUAUCGACCACAACACCCGGCAGACCAGCUGGGUAGACCCCAGAGACAGGUUAACGAAACCUUUAUCGUUUGCUGACUGCGUUGGGAAUGAGCUACCUUGGGGAUGGGAAACUUCCUAUGAUCAACAAAUCGGAGUCUACUUUAUUAAUCAUAUUAAUCAAUCCACACAGAUAGAAGAUCCACGUAAGCUAUGGAGGAACGAACAGGAGCGAAUGCUAAAGGACUAUCUUAUGGUGGCACAAGAUACCUUAAGCACUCAGAAAGAGCUUUAUCAUGUGAAGGAACAAAGGUUGGCACUUGCCCUGGAUGAAUAUGUGAGGCUAAAUGACGCCUACAAAGAAAAGUCUAGCUCACGUACAAGCUUAUUUUCAGGUUCGUCUUCCAGUACCAAGUAUGACCCUGAUAUCCUUAAGGCAGAGAUCUCCACAACAAAAGUCAGGGUCAAAAAGUUGAAGAGGGAGCUAUCACAAAUGAAGCAGGAACUACUGUACAAGGAGCAGGGCUUCCAGACAUUGCAGCGCAUUGACCAAAAAAUGUCCGGAAUCCAGAGCGGCUAUGAGCUGAAGGAAGCCAAGGAUAUCCUCUCUGAGCUGAAGAGCAUAAGGAAGGCCAUAAGCACUGGAGAGAAAGAGAAGCAGGACCUGAUGCAGAGUCUUGCGAAGCUCAAGGAAAGGUUUCAUCUAGAGCAAGGCAGAGGAAGAUCAGAGCCAGACUUGACGUCCAGCCUCACAAACUCUCAUUUGUCUCUGUCCAGACAGACACUGGACGCUGGUUCACAGACUGAUAUUUCUGGCGAUAUUGGAAUGAGGAGCAGAUCGACUCUUGCAGAAAAGGUCAGGCUGAGCCUGCAGUAUGAGGAGGCGAAGAGAAGUAUGGCCAACCUGAAGAUUGAACUAGCAAAGCUGGACAGUGAGGCUUGGCCUGGGGCCCUGGAUGUGGAGAAAGAGAAGCUUCUGCUAAUUAAUGAAAAGGAGGAACUACUGAAGGAGCUACAGUUUGUGACUACACGGAAACGCACUCAGGAUGAGAUUGAACGGCUGGAAGCAGAGAGGAGGAGACUGGAAGAGGACCUAUUGUCUGUCAAAAGCACCCCCAGCCAAGCACUUGCCGAGAGGUUGAAAAUUCAAGAGAAAAAGAAGGAGUUGGUAAAAAAGCUGGAAGAGACAACAAAACUCGCCACAUACCUGCAUUCAGAGCUGAAAAGCCUCUCUGCCAGCACACUGUCGGUUUCAUCAGGCAGCAGCCUUGGCUCUUUGGCAUCCAGUCGAGGGUCCUUAAACACCUCUAGCCGAGGCUCUCUGAAUUCUCUGAGCUCUACAGACCUCUAUUAUAACCAGGGUGACCUUGCGGCAGACUUGGACUAUCAGUAUAAGCUGGACUUCAUGCUGCAGGAGAAGAGCAGUUACAUUCCAUCUGGGCCAAUUACUACAAUUCAUGAAAACGAAGUUGUUCACUGCCAUGGCAGCUCUGACUAUAGCAAUCUAACCACUGCUCAAGAAGACCCACAAGAAUCCAAACCUCCCAAGUCUGUGACCUCCUUGUCUUCCCUGUCCUCACUUUCAUCCCUGUCCCCACCAGGCUCUCCCCCUGGACUGGAAGGAGCAUUCUCCUUGCCUACUCAAGACUCUCUUGGUACAAAUUUUGAAAGUUGUGAGCUCCCUGGGAUAUUCUCUGAAAUGAGCAUCUGUGAAAAUCAGCAUCUGUUGGACUCUAUUACAGAGCCGUCUCCACCUCUCUUUGAGGAAAAGAGUAUAAGGCAUCGGGAGAAUACUGUAUUACAUGAAGAAAGUAGAGAUGUAAGUUUCCAAAGAAAGCCAGCAGGUGACAUUCAGGAAGAGAAGGGAGCUUGUGUUUCUGCGGCCGUGUCUGAUGAGUCUGUGGCUGGUGACAGCGGUGUAUAUGAGGCAUGUGCAAAACCGCCUUGUGAAGAUGUGGCAUUUAGUGAAGAAUAUCCAGUGCUUGGCACAGCUCAAGUUCAGCUAAUUCUGAGAUAUGAUUCAGGAAAUGCCAGCUUUGUCAUGAUUAUUGGAGAGGCAAGAUACCAUCCCUCCCGUGUCCAAUAUGAUUCCAGAGUAUAUUUCCGGGUUGCCAUUCUUCCAUCGUCGGGUGAUAUGAGUUGCCUCUUUCGGACCAAAGUAUACCCUGCAGCAGAAACGGUGGUGUUUAAUGAGCUCUUCAGAGCCUCUAUUUUACAGAGUGCUCUGCAGCAGAAGAUUCUAAGAGUGGACGUGUGUUCGGCUGGAAGAUCUCAUCGAGAAGAGUGCCUGGCUGGUAUCCAGAUCAGUUUAGCAGACUUGUCUUUAACAAAUGAAGCAUAUACAAGAUGGCACACUUUGAUGCCCUGCCGACACAUAUCUCAUCAAAAGGUUCUCCCUGAAAAGUCAGUAUUAGAGGCCAGAGAGACACAGGCUGCUGCAGUGAAUAUGGAUGCUGUGUCAGCAUUGCUUGUGAGGACAUCUGCGGAGCUGGAAGCAGUGAAGCGCGAAUUAGCCCAGGUAGAAGCAGAUGAAGAGGAUCAGGAGCAGACAUGUUUGGGAGAGGAAUGGUUGGAACUACAGGGAGAAGAGGCAUUUGAUGCUAUUGAUGAACCUGGGGCCACAGAACACAUGAAUGAGUAUUACUCUCCCCCAUUGCAAUCAUCUACUGACCCAGAAGAGCCCCAAGCAGAAUCUUAUGAUGGAACAAACAGCUGGGAUUCUACCUCUACUCCACUUCCUGCUGCUGAACUGCCAACACUGGUCGACAAAGAGACAAAUACGGAAGAAACCAUUCAUGAAAAUAUUUCAGUGCGACCAAAGGACAGAAGUAGUCUUGGCGGAAGACAGCGACCAUUUGUUAGAAACAGUAUGAUCGUACGGUCACAGACAUUCUCCCCAGGAGAGAAGAAUCAGUAUAUUUGUAGGUUGAAUCGAAGUGACAGUGACAGCUCAACUCUUGCAAAGAAGUCCCCUUUUGUUAGGAAUGCAACAGAACGACGCAGUCUGCGAGUAAAGAGGCCUGUAUGUCCAACAAUGACACGAAGAGCAAUGCAUGAAUGUCGUGAAAGGACCUCUCUAGACUUGGAGCUGGAUCUGCAAGCAUCGAGGACUAGACAGAGCCGACUUAAUGAUGAGCUGCAGUCCCUAAGAGACUUAAAGCAAAGAUUAGAGGAGAUGAAAGCCAAUAGGGAGACUGAACUACCACCAUAUGUCCUGGAGGACGAACGCUUCCAGAAGUUGCUGAAACAAGCAGAAAAGAAGGCUGAACAAUCAAAGGAGGAACAAAAGCAAGGGCUUAGCGCUGAAAAAUUAAUGAGAAAAGCCUCCAAGGAUGUGUGCAGACUGCGGGAGCAGAGCCAGAAAGUGCCUCUACAAGUACAAUCUUUCAGGGAGAAGAUUGCUUAUUUCACCAGAGCCAAGAUCAGCAUCCCUUCUCUCUCUGCUGAUGAUGUAUAAUUUUAUUAUUUUUUUUAUUUCACAGCUGUAUUUUUCCAAUCGCCCAUCUUUUUAGAUGAACUGUUUUUUGUAGCAUAGCUCUUGCUUUUAUCCUAAAACAGAGUAUUUUUUUACAUUUAGCCUUUAAUUUGUAAUAUAUCUUGUGCUGAAGUAAUGACUAGAGGGAGAUAUAAAACACCAAAAAAAAACACAAAAAAAGAGAAAAAACCAAAGUAGAAUAAUUUGGUACACUGAUGGUAAUUUUGUACAGUUUGUAUGUGUCACACACGCGUAUUCAUAAUGUUUUGUAAAGUUGGAGCAAAGAGACGGUGACCGUAUGUAUUCCUGUUGAGCUGCACUGUGCUCAAUCACUUUUUUUUCCCAAUGAACUGGUUUAAUAAUUCUUGUAAGCUGACUGUGAAAAUGGCUGACAAGCCAAGAAAUUUACUUUUGCACCAUAGACUUUUUUUGGGAGUCAACAUAAUUUUCCAGAACUUCAAGGCUGCCUCAUGAGCCAGGUGCUUAAAUGACCCCUAGAGGGUGCCGUUGCUACCGUUGGUAUUCAUCAUGUACAAAAACAGAAUUAUGGGAGGUUGUAUGCCGUCACGGCUGUACAGCUGAUCACUCAGUUAUAAGCUUUAUCAGAGUUACAGUAACGGAGAAUAAAGUUACUUUAUUAGAAAGCCACACAGUAAGCUAGCAAGUGUGCUACAUUAACAUUUAUGAGAAAACAUGAUGCCUUUAAAUUUGUUUUGAGUACCAGGAUACAUAUCUGCAUACACACAGUCUGAAAAAGAGUAUCAAAAUACUUUUUAAAGUCAUGUAAACCUUCCUCCCCCAAAUGUUCUCCUACAUUUUGUAACUGUAAUCAAAAACUCAGUAUUUCUUUCCUGGCUUGUACUAUUAUGUCUGUAUAGACUUUGGAAGGGUUUUGGGUGGACAGUGUUGGCUGAUGUGUACCAAGUACGCACACAGAUCCAACAUUUCAUGUGUCUUAAUUUUGGACAUGCAGCACUUACCACUGAGCACAGUGGGCACUUCAAAGCCUAUAGAAGUAUAAGAGAGCAAGUCGGGGAAUUCUGAAUAUUUAAUUUUUUUAUGUUUUUAUGCCUUGCUUUACAAUAUUGUCUUUGAGGGUCCUUCACACCAGGUAGGUGGUUAGGCACUGAUAAAAAAACUUUUCUCUGCACACUGCGUCCUAAAGAAAUGAAUGACAUUUUAUGACAUUUCAAUAAAGUUCCAACAUAAAAAGGUAAACCAUGCAGUAACCUGGAAUUGGCACGUGCAAACUAUUCCUCCCAGCAUGCUGACUGCAUGGCCGCUGUUGUGAACAAGCUUUGAAGGCUGGUGUUGGUCUAUGAGAAUUUAUCCCUUGAAUGUGCUUCCAGCAAUAUAACAUUUAAACAUGUCAAUGAAAGUCUGCCCUUCAGCAAACCAUCUUUUCCCUGUUCCACCAAGAAAUGCUGGACCUUCAACAGCUGUUGAUUCAUACAUUACAAUUUAAAUCUUGCUUAAAUGGUUUCUCAGAGAACCAUGUACCAAAACAACGUAAAAAAAUCUUUCUUAAAUCGAAAUAUUCAACAGAACAAUACUUAGCGUUUAAUAAAUGUAAUAUACAUAAACACCCCCACGAAGACUAAAACACCAAGACAGCAUUGUCCCAGACAACCAUAGUUCAUUUGUUGCAGAUAUAGUUGAUGUAAUCGAUAGCAACACAUACUCAAAGAGCAAGACACAACUACCGCUUCAUUUCCAUUGAAGUAUACUGGGUUAAAUUCUCAGCAUCUUAGCACGGUUUGUUAUAAAAAAUCACAUAUGUAAAGUUUUGAUAACUCUUGCUUUUGUGGAUAUUUUCCUGUUAUUAAGCAACUUCAGUUUUUUUUUAAUUAACUAGCGAGGGGAGCGAAUUUCUUUCCUGCAGCCAUUAUAUUGUCCUGGUGGGGGAAUUCGUCCCAGUCGGGAGAAAACAGUGAUUAUUGCUAGAGGCUAUAAAAACCGCUAACGAUAAUUGCAGGUUGGUUAAUCAUUCGAUCAACUUAUGUACAUUUAGCCUUCCCAUACAGGCAUUCGAACUAGACUUUCGAACCAUGUAUGACCGGCCUUGGAUUUGCAGUCAACGCAGGCUUAAUGUAAGGACACCCUUAUAAUUGUUUUCUUUGUGCCAUGUGCACAACAUACAUCUGUGUUGAGGUGCAUUGCAUAAAAAUGCAGCAUGCCUGCAUUGUUACGCAGCUCAACGCACCUCGCUACAUGCUGACAUGUGACAUUUCAAUAAAAGUAAAAAAGAUAAGCAGUGUGAUGCAUUGUAACAAUGAAUUACACUUUCUAUUCACAAAGCACACUAGCAGCUGUGUGUUAUUACAGCAUAACACAUGGCCGCUGGUGUGAGCGAGCCUAUAAAUUUGAUGCUGAAGAAAACUUGGUGUGAACUUUUUGCCUGGCACUCUCUUUUGGAUUCAACAAUGGAUCAGUUCUAUAUACUGGGAUGGUUCUAAGAUCAGUUUCUGAAAGCUCCUUCUUGCAUACCACAGACAAGUUCAUUUUGGGUUUCUAAAGAAAUUCCUUAAAAACGGCUGUCAGUCACUUAGUGAAGUAAUAACAGCUCGCCCCCUAUCCUAUCCGAAGGCUUUGGAUUUUCGCAUACAUGAUGUUCUUGCCAGUUCCCAUGCAGAUAAAGUGUAUAAAAUUUCCCUGGCAAGUUAGCUUGCCAAACUGAUAUGUGAAUUGUGUAGGUUUACAACCAAGAGGAAAAUGCUUGUCAGGAUUAAAAAGAAUUAGAGCCAACAUUGUGCAUGGUAUACGUAAUUAUGGUAAUUACUGGAAUAAACUUGCGUUUAUAGUUCCAGGUUCUCAGAUACAAAAAUGUCCAUUCACGUUUUCCUUUUGACCUGUAUUCUAAUAAAAAAAAAAAAAUAAUUCCAGCCAAGUUUGUUUGAUUUACAGUCAGCACACAAUAUCAAAUAUGAGUGGAGCACUGUCACUGCACAUCAGUUGAUCUAAAACAUACUCAUAUUUAUUUUAAUAAUUUCCACACAUAGGAUUCCAAGUAUUCACUAAUAGGUCCCUUAGCAUAAUUAGAGCUCCCCUCAGCUUCUUACCAACCCUUUUUCGCACACUUCGGGUUGCAGUACCUUGGUUUAAAAAUAUAUAGAUAAGUGUUUGCUUUUUGUUCUGCCGUAUAUUCUCACUAAUUCUUCUGCGAAAUAGAUUUUCUUGUAAUAUUACCACCUUAGUGAUAAAAGCGUGCUGGGAAACUGCCCAGAACAUUUUCGCAGAUAAGUAAAACUGUGAGAAAAUAUAUAUUUUUUUUUUAAUUGCUGGAAACUUGUGAUUUGUACACUUUUUUUGAGAGUAUUUCUGUCUUGGUAUAGAGAGAAGUUAUUGGAUCCUUUUGGGAGUGCUGUACAGAAAGGUUCAUGUUCAUGGAAAGGCAUCUUCUAACAGCUUUGAGCUGGGGGCCUUGUUGGAUCUUUUUCCACCAUGGAAUAAACUGUUAAUGGGACACCACCAUCACUUUCAAUUCUUAUUAGACGUUAAAAACUAGUAUUUUUUAAUCCAUGCAUAUUUUUCACAUUUUAUUUAUUUCCUUUCUAUUGUAUGCUGUACUUCCUGUGGAAGCCCCUAUAUUGGUUGCCGUUCUAGCCUUCACUGCGUAGCACAGUGUAUUUGCCUUAAACUGUUUUUAAAUGGACUUUUAAAUAGAAGAAAAAUGCAGCAAUACUAUCUAGAAAACUUCAAUGUGUAUUUUUUCGAUUUUCAUUAUAAUGUCCCUUUUAAAGUUUUACAUGACUUCACCUAAAUAUAUAUGCACAAACAAAUACAAUUUGUCAUAAUUUUGCCUACAUAUUCCAUUAAUAUUGCACUCGUAACUUUGCUGUUUUAUUGGGAUGGGUGACCUGUAAUAGCUGUUUUACUACCAGAAUCGUAGUGAGUGGAGAGCAGUGUUGCUGUAUGGAGGGUUAACCAGCAGUCCACUUUUAUUUUUUAUCAAUGAUGCUGUAGGCAGCUGUGUUAAGAAAUGAAUAGCAACAAAUUUAAAUCACCUAUAAACUGUCCCACUAAACCUUUUUUAUCGGUUACUCGUAGAUUGAAACCAACAUUAUUUUUUGCUGUAUUGUAAAAUCCUCCAAAGUAUAAGAUCACAUUAAGCUUCCAGUGAGCAACCUGGCAAAACAUUUUGCCUGGUGUUCUGAUUCCUAAAUUGUACUAUUAAAGGCAACCUGUCAGGAUGAAAUAUGAGAGCAAAUGUACAAACUCUGGAACUGUCAUUUGUAAGCUUGCCUCUUUAGGACUAUGCAUAGAAUUUGUUUUGACACCUGAUAUAUACACAUUUCUUCUAGGUCAGUGAAUCACCUAGAAAUGGCAGCUUCCAUAUUUCUAUCCUGACGGGUUCCUUUUUUGAUGACCUGCUAAUCAGUGUUUGGUAAUUUAAGCAUUUGUUGUUAGAAUUGCAAUUUUUUAUGUUGUAUCUGGUAUAAAUAAGACACUGAUCAUAACCACAUAACUUAUUACCAACUAGUAGCUGAAGUCUUUUCCAAUAGCAUCCUGAGUAUAUUCAAAUUUUUUUAAUUGUUAUUCUAAUAUUCUUACGAUGAUUUUUUCUACUUUAAUAAUUUCUGGUUGCAUCUGGUUAAAUGUCAUUAAGCUUUUUCUGUUGCAUUUUGAACCAGCACAUUACCAAGCACACAGUAUACAAACAAGGGAAACAUUUUAAAUAAACGAUAAACUCCAUUGUUUCUAAA